AUGAGCCCCGAGGAGAAGCCGCCACCCAGCCACUCCCGCAAUGACCGACGGCCACCGCCGCCACCUGAGCCCGCUCCUGGCCGAGGCCGGCGGCGAGGCGGUUUCCUGACAGAGAUCCGCACGCCGAUCCGCACCGAGCCCUUCCAGGAGCGGUACAGCCUCAGCCCCGGCAGGGAGCUCGGCAGGGGGAAGUUUGCAGUGGUGAAGAAGUGUAUCCAGAAAGACACAGAAAGAGAGUUUGCAGCAAAAUUCAUGAGAAAAAGAAGAAAGGGCCAAGACUGUCGGAUGGAAAUAAUCCAUGAAAUCGCAGUCCUUGAGCUCGCACAAUGCAACCUUUGGGUCAUUAACCUGCAUGAAGUUUAUGAGACUGCAACAGAGAUGAUUUUAGUCCUGGAAUAUGCUGCUGGAGGUGAAAUCUUUGACCAGUGUGUGGCUGAAAGGGAGGAGGCCUUCAAAGAAAGAGAUGUGAAACGACUCAUGAAGCAGAUCUUAGAAGGAGUUUCAUUCUUGCACAGAAACAAUGUGGUUCAUCUUGACUUAAAGCCCCAAAAUAUUCUACUAACCAGUAAGUCUCCUCUGGGCGACAUUAAGAUAGUAGAUUUUGGCCUUUCCAGAAUAAUGAAGAGCAGUGAGGAACUAAGGGAAAUUAUGGGAACUCCAGAAUAUGUAGCUCCUGAAAUUCUGAGUUAUGACCCAAUCAGUACAGCAACCGACAUGUGGAGCAUUGGAGUCCUGGCAUAUGUUAUGCUAACAGGGAUAUCACCUUUCUUAGGGGAUGACAAACAAGAAACAUUCUUAAACAUAUCUCAAAUGAACAUAAGUUACUCUGGAGAAGACUUUGACCUCAUAUCAGAGUCUGCUGUGGAUUUCAUCAAAACUCUGCUGGUUAAGAAACCUGAGGACAGGGCAACUGCUGAAGAAUGUCUUCAACACCCAUGGUUAGAACAAAGUGAUAAUCCUGCUUGCAGGGCCUGCAGUAAGAGCCCAGGAGGGGAGACCAGUGACAUCACUCAGAAGGAUGCAGAUUCUGCCUCUGAAAAAUCAGUAGAUGCUGAGAAGACUGAAGAGGAAGAAUCAAUAGUGACAGAAGAACUAAUUGUAGUGGCUUCAUAUACCCUGGGACAAUGUAGGCAGUCAGAAAAAGAGAAAGUAACGGAGCAGAAAGCCAUUUCCAAGCGCUUUAAAUUUGAGGAGCCAUUACUGCAAGAAAUACCAGGAGAAUUCAUUUACUGAACUGUGUGGAGCUUCAUAGCUGGUACUGGAAGGCAGCAUUUUCUACUAAACAAAAAUAUCCUAGCCAACUGAAUUUCUGAUCUGCAAUAAGUGUUUCUAGAGAAAAGAAAAUGUUGAGAA